AUGGACCCACAAAGGUGGUUUUCAGCAAUAAUUGACGGGGAUUCGGUAUUAAAGUGUGAAGCUCUCGCCACAUUUAACAGAUAUGGAUUCGUUUUGGAGGACGGCGGAAGUUGGAGAUGUUGGUUGGAUUCUACUUUGAUUAAUCGGGUGACAGAUAUGCACACACCCGAUUGUCCCACUUUUGAGGUUAGGUUUUUGCUUCCCCUUUGUUCAGCCAUUAGAAACGUUGACUUGAUGCCAGGUAUGCUUACUGCCCAGCUGGAUGUGUUGAACAGAAAAUUCGCCAAAGCCAAUAUGGAAUUUGAAGAAAAAAAGGCUUUAGUGAAACAGAAAGAGGCAUUCAUGUACCUAAAUAUUAAUGCUGCUACGCUUGAUGCAAGGGAGGAACUUCUCCGUCAACGCAUGGAGCAGCUAAAUAGUCAGUCUGAUAUCUUUGCGAACUUUCUGAAAGAGGUGAAUCAGGGAUUUAACCAGAGAUAUCAAUACUUGGAUGCCAGAGAAGAGGAAUUGUCGAGGUUGACUGCUGCGGUAAAAAAGCUCAGUUAA